AUGUUUGGAGGCAAAAAAGGAGGCAGAUCGUAAGUGUACUGUAGAAUCUUGUUUUGUAGCUCUUUGAGGAUACUCUUUACAAGAAGAGUUACAGUAAUCAAUGGCACUAAAUCACACGUUUUUUGCAGAAAUUCGAAGAAAACGGUAAAAAAACAGUAUGCAUUGAAAAAGAAGGAUACACUCGAAGACGACGACGAUCUAUUCGGCGGAAAUUCGCCAACACACGGCGGCGCAUCGUCACAUGAAAGCGGAGCCGGUAGUGGCCCAGUCCGGAAACGCAACUCGCACAAACUACUCAGCCACGAUUCGAAAGGGGGUUCGAAGAAAAAAAAGGAAGCCUCGCAGAUGGGAAAUGUGGCGAAGAAUUCGAGAAACUCAGGAAGCCGAAAAUCAAAGAAAGUGUUGCGUGUGGAUCCAAAUAUGUGUGCAGGAGUGAAGAGAUUUGAGGAGACAAUAAGGGGAAUGCGUGAGUUUAGGGAAUACUGUAUGAACCUUUAAAUAGGGACUAAACCUGACCGAAGCUUGCAGAGUAGAUUCGAACCAUCUAGCACCAAAAACAACCUGAAACCUCAUUUUUUUCAGUUUCCUAUGGUGGACUUCCUGCGUAUUACGAGCAACGUCUCAAAACCUACACCGCCCCCUCACCAACCACUGCCGCCGACUCGAAUCCCACCAAAAACCGCGCCGCAGUCACAUGCUACGAUCAUUCACGUGUCAAACUCGUCCCAACCGAAACUCGAAAAUCCGACUAUAUCAAUGCAAGUCACAUCAGUUUUGCCAACGUCAACCGCAAGUAUAUUUUAGCGCAAUAUCCGUUGCCGGACGCUUUGGAAGAUUUUUGGACGAUGAUUUUUGACAAUGAAGUGGAGACUGUUCUCUCGGUGUUCAAUCCAUUUGGUGAUCCAGAAAUCAAGGAGUUUCAGGAUAAACCAACGGGUUCAUACAAGAGAAGUAGCAAAAGUGAGAAGCGUUCGGUGAUGCAACAAAGCUCAGUCAAUCAGAUUAGCGAAUGUCGGCCGUUGUCAAUCCGCGAAACAAAAUUCAAUAUGACCCAAAGUCAUCGGGAAAUUGCAAUGACUUCGAAACGCUGUGCACUUGCUGAUUCUACUGCCUAUUUUCCACUCAAAGAAGGUCAAUUUGUGACUAUUGGUCGUUUCUUUGUGCACACGAGAAAAGUAGAAAUGCCUGAAAAACCCUUCCGCCCAUUCAUUUAUACGAUUGAAGUUUUGCCGGAGGGUUGUUCGGAGUGUAAAUUUGUGCGAAUCAUUAAUUAUCCACAUUGGAAGUCGAAUGGAAAACCAAAUGUGAAGGUUUUAUUGUACAUGCUUCGAGCUAUUGGUGCCGAUCCACUUCAGAAAGGACCGAUUUUGAUGCAUUGUGAUAAUGGAUUGAAUCGAAGUGCGUUGCUGCUUUUGACGGAUGUUAUAAGUUCGCUUUGUUUGGAGGGAAAGCCGUUUGAUAUUGAUGAGACUUUUCGACAAAUUCGACAACAACGAGGUGGCGCUUUCCAGGCAACAUUUUAUUUUACGUUUGCCAUUUAUACGAUUGCUAGCUAUGUUUAUGUGAGUUUAGGCGGGGGAAAAACAAUAUUUGACCGAAGUUUUGUCCUAAAAUCUGAAAAUUGUGAUUUUUCAUAUUCUUACUCGAAAAUCUGAAAUUUUUCAGCUUCGCUGCAAAUCUCGCGGAGCUGUCAACAAUGAAACAUUGCAAAUAAUGAAGACUUUGGUAAGGGAUUUAAUGAAACAAUGUCCGAGCAGAGAAACUUCUUAA